UAAUUAUUUACAGGAUGAUAAAAUGUAAGUUUCCUUGUAGAUAUCAUCCCUCCUCUGUACUCUGUGCCUUCCUUUCCCAAAACAGCUUAAAAGAUCAGUUGUUAAAGUCUGUUGAUAACAGAAAGAAUACUCCAAAAACAUUUCCUGUCGAGUUCAAAGCAGCUUCCUCUCCUCCUGUACACAGGGAUGAGGCCAAAGAAAGGUGUGACAGGGCAGUGUUAGAAGCUCUUUCUAGAGCAAACCAAAAUGCACUGAAGACUGGAAAUGUGCUCCUUCCCUUCUCAGCCAUGAACUCUGCUGUUACAGAGAGAGGUGUUAAGACAGGAGCAUUGUUGGAUGUGAGACGGGCUGGAUACGAGCUAGCUGAACAGUUCAUUAUGAAGUUUCCAGAGUCCUUUAAAAUACGCUUCUCUGACAAAAUGUCUGGUGCUAAACUGACUUAUAUUGAGGAACUGUGUAGAGAUAAGAAGGUGGAGAAGGCUAAGCAGAUGUUUGAAGAGAUUUUAGUUACGGGGGAGUGUGAAUAUUUGAUGGAUAAAAAGAAGGAUCUAGAUGCUUUGAUAGACUUGUUUGCGUUCUAUAAUGUUUCCGAAGAUAUGGUUGAUAGACCAGUAGUCUAUAACGAGAUAAAACAAUGCUCUGAAUACGUAAAAAGAACAUUGAAUGAAGACGGUUCCUCGGAGGGGGUAUCAGUAGAGUUGCCCUACUCCAGGUCCUUAUUUAAAACUAUGGAUGUAGAACAGAGGAAUGUGGACUAUGUGAUAGCAGAUCUGAUGAAACCAGAUGUGAUGCCUAGAGUAAGUGCUGAGAAGAAGCAGAAGAUGAUAAACAAUAUUGUUGGAGAUGAGGAGCCUCGUUCUGUUAUGUCAAUCUCCAGCUUGUAUGAAGAAGCGAAGAAUGCCGCAAACGACAACACCGAGCUGAUCUACACCAAGAAGGAAGGUCUAGCCUCCCUCCCAAAACAAUCAGCUCCCCUUUACAUCAGUGUGAUGGAGGAGACCACCUCGCUAGCCCUACAAUCUCUACAAUACCUGAAGGAGCAGGAACUGGUGUCUGGUGGUAAUUACGACAGUGUUAUCCAGGCUGCUGUCCGGUUCCAUCGUCCUGAUCUGGCGUGGGAGCUAUAUGUGGAGAUGCGGGAGCAGGAGUUCCUUCCUUCUACUGAUACUGUCACUGAUCUUAUAUACAGUGUGACACACAGCAUGCCACCGGAGCAGUUUGUGAAGGAAGGAGCCCCUCACAGAAUUAAAACAAUAUUGACUGAUUUGACAGAAAAUCCUACUACUAAUAUUACUGAUGAGAUGUUCCUAAACCUAUUUUAUGGAUACCAUAUGGUAGACUUCGUGAAAGAGGAAUACGAAGAAACUGACGAAGAAGAUCGCGGAGGAAAGUCAUCGAAGGGGAAGACAGAUCCAAAGAAAGUGGCCUACCAGGCUGUUCGAGAUGGUAUCCACAAAUAUAACUACCACAUCCUAAACGAAAUGAGGGAGUGUAUGAUAAAUGGCAACUUUAAAAUGAGGUAUUCAACGGGUUAUAAGAUUCUGGAAAUGCACAAUCUCACUGUUGGUGAUCACCGUAAGCCAUACAUUACAGCUCACCUUAACCGUGCUAUGCUGGAUCUCUACGAUGAUCGUCCGGACUUGUUUGUGAGGGAUUUAGAUCACGACAAUUGUAUCAAUUUCGUGACGAAGCUAAUUUAUUAUGCUAGACAAGGAACGGGAGGGUUUGACGUGGAUGACUUUUACUCAAAACACCGAGAAGACCUCAUUGCCAUGAAAAAGUACGUCUCGCUCAACCCUGAUAGUUUCAAAGCAAGCUGGAGUAAGUUGGAGAGUUACCUCUCGUUUGAUCUGAAAACAAUGAAAGGACAGCCUCUCCCAGAGGGUUUGUUCAGAAGAUUGGAAGAUGUGAGACGAGUCAACAUCAUAGACUUCUACAAUGACAUGUACAAGGAUAACCUAGAGCACCUGCCUGUGGGCGAAGCACGGAACAUUAUGGUUGAAGUGUUUAAGUUUGCCAGCUGUAUAAACCCUUAUACUGCAGAUGUGGACUACGUGCUGGGGGUCUACAAGAUGAUUAUCCAGGAAAACAUCAGAAUAUCAGAGGUAUGCAUCAAAGGCAACGCCGUCAACAACGACAAAAUCUGGACCGUUGCUCUAUUCACUUUCCUAGAAAAUUUCUUCAACCACUUCAACGCAAAGUACCUGAUAUUAUUCUUCCUAUCAGAGGACAGAAGAGUUCCAGCCUCUUUACCUGGUUCAGGGGAUAUUGAAAUGAUGCAGUCCAGAAAAUUAACACUCUCUGAGACGAAUAUUAGAGACGUAGUAAACUUGACAACCAGCGCUUUAACACAUCUCUUAGAACACGAAGGGGUACCAACUACAAUCAUGGUAUAUGUUCUGAUCAAGUUCACGCUACUGUCCGGAGCAUACGAGCAAGCUUGGAAACUCCUAGACAUUUACAACACUUAUAAUAUACCGCUGGAUGAUAACCCGCUGCUAAAUUACAUCGAACUUACAACUAACUGGGAGUCAGAUGGUGCAAGUUAUCUGGAGAGCAUUGCAGAGCCGCUUCAAAGUUCAGUGCGGGGACGGAUAGAAAAAAUGGAGCGAGAAAAGAAAGAUAACCGAGUGACUACAUUGCGUCUUAGGUCCAGGGAAAAGCGAGACUGAGCCGGCAGAGGUAUAGACACGAUCAGUCAACGUUCUCGUUUCGAACCCCCUCAUAUAUUUGUUAACCGUGGCUCGGACGAUCCUGUGGACAGAUUUGUUUUCAAAACCGAUCUCGUUUGAGUGGUGUGGGUACGGAGUAAACUCUCAGGAAUUUGUAGCAUUCCGGAGAUAUUUUGAAUUUUGGUUGUGAAAUAUCUUGAUGUGCUUUAUAGGCUUUCAAUUAAUCUAAUAUUCCUUACCAUGUUUUACGUAUCGUAGAAUUCUGUAAGUUAUUCUACUGUAACAUCUUUACCAACUCCCCUAUCUUUACAAGUUACCAAACCUCCAUCGAGCCGUGACCCACACCAGCGGAGACAAAUUAGCACAGUUUUCUGCUAACUCGGUUUUAUUUAUUUUUUAACGUAACUUAUUGAACUUUUGCCUGAACCUAACUUAUUGUAAUAUCACAAAUUAUAUGUUAGUGAUUUUGUAACUUAUCGGAUAUUAUAUGUUGAAGUUUUAUAUUAUUUUCACAGAAACCUUCGUCAUUUUU